AUGGUCAAACUCGCGCAACUGCUCGACGCCAGAAGGCGUGAUGGCGUCGACCCCACCCCAACCUCGCCCUUAACCACCGCGUCGUCCACCCCCGUCUCACCCGCGGUCUCGCUCUUUUCUGCAAAGGGCCAUACGCAGUUUUCCAGCUCCGUCUCCUCAUUGGUCUCCUCUCCCGGUCACGGAAAUUCCAUGGAGAGCGCGUCGCGGAAUCCCUUGACAGGAGUCAAGGAAGAACCCUGUGGGGCCCGCGCGAGGGAUCUCGAGGACGAGUAUUUCCAACAUUUUGAUCAGGGCUUGUCCGUCCUUGAAGAUUCCUAUCUUUCGUCAGUCGACUACUCCAACAGCUACGACCUGAGUGAUUCCCCCAUGGAUGUCUCCCAUUCGCCCAAAAAGAGACGCUCCGACAGCGCCUCGGCCAAAGGUCUGUCCCGCAUCGGCUCUCGCAUCUCGACCAUCUCCACGCGCUGGAAGUCCAAGCGCGUGUCCGAUGACCCCAACGGCGCCGAUGGGCUCGCGGGCGGCUUCCGAUCCCGCACCAACUCCGCGUCGUCUGCACGAGGCUCCCCGGGUGGCGCGGUCCGGUUGGAUGCCGCCACUGUCCCUCCCUCGCCCGCCCGCACGAUCUUCGAGGAACGGAUCAGCGAGUCGGGCGUGCGGCCAAUCGACAUCGCACGAGCCAACAACCCCGGCGCCGAAGAUUGCGUGCCGCAUGCGACCACCCCGUUACUACCGCCCUUCAUGGGUGACGAGCCCAUGUAUCCCGUCGUGUCCCGCGUGCAUUCGCCGCUGCAGUCUCCGUCCGUGGCGGACGUCUCCGAUGAGCAUCUCGACGGCGGUGCGGUCCAGGAUCAGCGCACCGCCGCCCUUCCAUCACCCCCUUUGUCCACCAAACCAUCCAUCGCGUCAUUCAACCGCCCUCGCGCGAGCACGACGCGCACGGUGUCCACCGAAGCGCCCCCCUUCCUCCUGACCGAUCCCAAGGACGAAUGGGCGAAGAAACUCGGCCAUGCCAAUUUCACGAUCUACCCCGAGCCCUACGCCCCGGAAGUCUGUGACGUCAAGUCGCUCGAGCAGCUGCGCGCCCACUGGGAUCUCGCGCACUGCAACUUUACCAAACACCUGGUCCGGACCGGCGAGCACUACGGCACCACGUCCAACAUCUACAAGUUGACCGAGGAGAAGUGGGAGUGCAUCAACAGCGAGUGGAAGCACUGCCACGAAGUGAUGCUGUCCCAGCUUGGAGAGAUGGGGGGCGCUUUCCUGAGCCUGCCCGAGUCUCAUUCCGAGCUCUGCGAACCGGUCAAGAUCCCGCGCCUCCACAACGAGAAGUUCCCCGACCUGGGCGAUGGUGAGAUCGUUGGUCCCAUGAAGAUCGUCGCUCCUGCAUCGAACGGCGCGGGUCUUUGUCGGACCCGAUCGUUGAAACGGAAUCUCGUCCGGUUCUUCCAAGACCUCGUCUCCCGAUCUUAG